AGAGAAAUAGAAAAGAGAAAGAACUCUAAAUCAUCAUUACUCAAGACCACCACUACGACCACAGCUAAUUCUAAAAGUCCAAAGGAUUUUCUAUUUAAAUUUUUCUCGUUCAUCCUGUGUUGUAUGCCUCUCUUUUUUUUUCUAUCAAUUUACUGGUUUUCCAAAAUGAUUGCCUGAACUAUGUGAAUGACUUUUGGAUUUUUGAUCCAAUUAAAAUGAUCAUUGUGAUGAUGAUCUGAUUACGACGAGAAAAAAAACACGUGUGUUUAUUACAAAAAAAAAUUCCCUCUAUCUGUUCAUCGUCAAUAAAUAUCAAUAACAGAAAAAAUAUGAAUCAAUUCAACAAGUUCAAAGACUUUGUUCACGGAAAUUCCGUACUAUUGAAAUCAAAGAAUGAUCGACAAAUCUUAUCAACUGAAGUGAUCAAAGAUGAAAAACAUAUGGAAAAUAUCAAAUCGAUAUUAACUACAGCCGAAAAGAAAUUAUCAAAUUCUUUAAUAAGUCCUCGACGUACGUCUGGUGCAGAUCCGGUUGCACCGGAAAAGAAAACGAAAAAAUUUCCUAGUACUAGUCUAAAUAAAUUUUUCAAUGAAGCAUCUGAAAUAUUAUCGUUGUCGAAAAAUGAUUCUGUAUUAAGUAAAACAUUGCUGACUUGUUCACAAUUGCAGAAUGAAUUCACUCAAAUCCUUGCCGAACAUGAAUCCAACAUUGAACAGGAUUGUCUAAAUCAAAUUGAAAAAUAUCUUGAUGAAGAUUUACCAUCCAUACAUCGUACAAGAAAACAAUUAACAAAAGCAUAUGAAGAGUUGAAAACAGCACGUGCUAAACAUGAUUCAUUCACAAGAAAUGCUCAACAAAGUUUGGAUAUGCAGAAUAAAAUCGAAACAUUGAAAAAAGAUGUAGAAUAUAGUGAACAUAAAUUGGAACAAUGUCAGGAUGCAUAUGAAAUUGAAAUCUUUGAUUUUCUUGGCAAAGAGUUGACAAUAUCGGAAAUUUUCUUCCGAUAUAUAAAAUUAUUAGAAAUCUAUCAUGAACAAAUGUUACAACAGAUUCAUCAUUACAUUCCAGUCUUGGAAGGAGUGUUGAAGAAUACAUCACAAAGACCAGUGUUUGGAUGUCCAUUAGAAGAACAUCUUCGUUCAUCUGGACGGAAAAUUUCCGUUGUGAUAGAAAAAUGUGUUGAAUAUCUUUGGCCUUUCGUUAAAGAAGAAGGGCUAUUUCGAAUAUCGGGUAGUGUUUCUAAAGUAAAACGUAUGCGUAAUGCUUUCAAUGCUGGUCGUUUAGAAGCAUUGACUGAAAUGAAAAAUGAUGCACCAGCUGUUGUUAGUACAAUGAAAUCCUAUCUUCGUGAAUUACCCGAACCUUUAUUGACAUUCCGUCUUUAUCCGGAUUGGGUUGAAGCAGUCAAAGAAUCGAAUCCAAAUGAACGGUUGAAAUCGAUAUGGACAAUUUGUAAACAAUUACCCGAAGCAAAUCGAAACAAUCUUUGUUACCUGAUGAAAUUUCUAAAUGAAUUGACAAAAUAUUCUGAGCUUAAUAAAAUGUCAAGUCAAAAUUUAGCCAUUGCUUUGGGUCCAAGUUUACUUUGGUCAGAAGGAGAUUCAUACGACUUAAGCAUGUCGAAUCAUUUGCCAACAUUAGUUGAAGCAUUGAUAACCUAUUGUGAUUAUUUCUUUCCCGAUGAAUUUUCCGAAUUUACAACAAAUUCACCUGCUUCUCCAAUUCAAACAAGUAUGGUGGAUAAUUCAUCAUCAUUUAGCGAUAAUUCUGAUGAUCAAGAUUCCUCAUUGAAUACUGCUAAAUUAUCACCAUUGUUGAACCGUCAUCAUCAUAGUAGCAAUAAUAAAAUCAAUCAGCAACAGAUGGAUAAAAAGAAAAAACCAGCACCAAAGCCUCCGCCAUCAAUGACUUCGUCACAAUCAUCACUUCAAUCAACCAAUAUUGAUCUAAGUCCAACUGGUAGUUUGACAUCAUCAUCAAAAAUUCGUCCAAAAAUCGCAUCAUUUAAAUUUCAAAAACCACCAGCCAUUAAUAAGCCAACUCUAUCUGAACACGGAGAAAAUAUUACUAUAAUUGAAAAUAAAUUUUCACGACAUUCAGAACUAAUUAUGAAGGGAUCAAACCGUGUAGAAUCGCCACCAGCGGCAAUCUACCUUACUACUGGUGGUCCUGUUACAUCUAGCUUAUCACCAGGAAUCUAUCUACGAAAAUCUCCCGAAUCCAUGACAACGUUUCGACCACAAGCCCAGGGAAUUACGACUACAAAAAUUCGUCCUAAAUCUGUUUGUGAAAGGCCAAUGGUCGCUCCACCAAGUGUUCCUCCACGUCCUUCAUUGACACCAAAACAAUCAAAAGCUGAAAUGGCACAUCAAAAUUCGAAACCUCAACAGCAACAACUAUCAUCUAAUGAUAAUAUCCAAUUGAUCGAUAAAUACCCAGAAUUCAAUCACAUUGAUUCUGAAUCUGAUGAUCAGAGUAGCAGAUCUUCAAAAGAUCUAAGCGAUCUAAGCCUACAGCAAAAAGUUCUUAUUAAUUUCAAAAAGGAUUCCACAUUGAAUGACGAAGGAAGGCAAUCACCAAUAUAUCCUUCGUUGGAGAAAAUGAUUGAAAAAGAUGAUGAUGAUGAUGAUGAUGAUGAGGAAAUGAAAAUUCCAUCUGAACCGGAAACAACACCACCACCGCCACGUAAACCACCACGUACUCAUUCAUCUAAUUCAUCCACUGGAUCAUCAUCGAAUUUAAGCAUAAAUGAUGGCCGUGAAUCAAUCUUGGAUACAACUUCAUCUUUAUCGCCGAAAAAUCUGAAAAAGCAACACCAACGAUCAGCGUCUACUUCGAUCUCGACUUCGAAUAAUAAUAAUAAUCCUGAUAUUGAUGAUAAUUCCAAAUUGAAUCUGAAUUCAUCUAAUAUAUCACAAUCAAAAACUCAUCAUCAAACCUAUCUGUGAAACGAACAAUCAAACAAAAAAUGUUGACAUUCAUUUCAGACAUUCGAAUUUCAGUUUUGAUUAUCAAGUGCCUUGUUUUUUUCCAAUACUUGAAGUCAAAAAAAAACAAUAUUUCAGGCGUCAAGUUUUUCUUUCAUACAAGUUGAAACAACUUUAUUUUUCCUAUAUGGCCAUUUGUAAUCUUAUUUAAACAAAUUUGUUUCUCUCCUGAAUGGAACACUUUUUUUCAAGAAAAACAAUAACUAAACAAAAAAAAAUAUCUAUAAAUUGUUAUUUUCUAGUCUGUAUGUUUUUUUCGUUUGUAUGUUUGUGUGUUAGCCGUAUCAUUGGCCAUAAUCGUCAUUAUAAUGAUGACUAUGAUUACAUGAUUUGCAAUAAUAAAUAAAAUUGAUUGAUUUUAAAAAUU